GAUUAAUUUGAAACUUGGAUGAAAACACAUUGCCUCGUGGACUUGUUCAAGGGUGCUAGGUGGCUGCUUUAAAGGAGAGGCCCGAGGUUUUGUCCUCCAAACCUAUCUUUAGGAUUCAAGGACUGAGAGCAAAUAGCAGUGGUAACAAAAGCCCCUCCUUUUAUCUGAAGGCUACCAAAAUGGUGGCUACUCCGGGAGAGGUUGUCUAGCAUUUCCUCUGCUACCCUGGAGGACCUCUGGGAGGCUGGCUCUGUUAUUCACUCACUCUUAUUUCCAGGUAUUUAUUUGUCAGGGCUCUGCUCCCCUCUUAAAGGACAGCCUUUCUGCUUUCAGGACAUUGCACAUGUGACUUUUAUCACCCUUUGGUCCUUAAAUGGCUCAUUUAGGUAAACAGGAAUGGGAUAAAGGGAAGAAAAAGAAGGAAUGAAGAAAUACUUUCUCUAUAGUAGGGUGGAGAUGUCUGCCCCGAGGUUAAUUUCUAACAGAACGUCUCAGCAGUCUGCAUCUAAUUCUGAUUACACCUGGGAAUACGAGUAUUAUGAGAUCGGACCAGUUUCCUUUGACGGCCUGAAGGCUCAUAAAUUCCUGUGGGACUCAGAUGCAAGCCCCAUUGCCUAUCAGAGCCAGGAGAUUGGAGGCCUGUCCCUUGGCAAUUCAGAAUCUUCAGAGAAGAGAUUCAGAAUGAACAGCUUUGUGUCAGACUUUGGAAGACCGCUGGAGCCGGAUAAGGUGUUUUCUCGGCAGGGCAAUGAGGAAUCCAGGUCUCUCUUUCACUGCUACAUCAAUGAGGUGGAACACUCGGACAGGGCCAAAGCUUGUCACCAGACCACAGCCCUUGACAGUGAUGUUCAACUCCAGGAAGCCAUCAGAAGCGGCGGGCGACCGGAGGAGGAGCUGAACAGGCUCAUGAAAUUUGACAUCCCCAACUUCGUGAACACGGACCAGAACUCCUCCUUUGGGGACGAUGACCUUCUGAUUUCAGAACCACCUAUUGUUCUAGAAAAUAAGCCAGUUUCCCAGACCUCAAAUCAAGACCUGGGUUGAGAAACAUGCUCUGUAAAUUGUCUCCCUGAAAAUGUUG